UGGUAGAUAAUAUGAGUAGUUACCAUAUUCCUGAAGCACAUGCUUUGUUCUUGCUAUAAAUAAGCCUUCACCAGUUGGCAUUCAGUUUCAUUGGAAAUUUUUGAACCAUUUUACUUAAUGACAGAUUUAAUUAGUUAGAAUUUUGACUGCAAACGAGAAAUGAAGUUAAGUUUUAAAGUGGUAACUACAUCCAACUACAGGGAGAUCAAAAAGUUGCGCACAUCAGACUAAAACUUGUUAUAAAUUGUAUUGCAGUUAAUGUAAUUAAUUAUAUCUCCUACCGCUAGAUGGUGCUAUAGGAGUACUAACAAUGAGUAGAAACUCCAUCUAUCAUGUAUCGGUCAUACGACGUCUGCAGUGUAGCUUUGUUCAUUGCGUGACAGACAUGUCGUUUUCCCAUGAGUAACAAUUUUUCAUUGUGGAACAUUAUUUUGAUCGGGUUUUCUUCACUGACGAAGCGUGGUUUCACCUUAGUGGCUACAUGAACAGUCAAAACAAUAGGAUUUGGUCAUCUGAAAAUCCACAUAUGUUACAUGGAAAGCCCUUGCAUUAUCAGAAAAUUGGAGUUUUGUGUGCUGUACCACGUCAAAUAGUGGGCCCAAUUUUCUUUGAAACAACAGUGAACAGUCCAGUAUACCAAGACAUCAUUACACAGUUUAUUGUGCUUCUUGAAGUUGAUGAACGUGAGUGUUGGUUGCAGCAAGAUGGUGCCACAUGUCACACUUCUAAUGAAGCCAUGCAGUUCUUGUGCGAGUUUUUCCGUGACCGCCCCAUUUCUAAAGGAUUGUGCCCCCCACGUUCCUCCAAUUUGUCACCUGCAGAUUUUUUUCCUUUGGGGUACCUCAAAGGAAUUGUCUAUAAAAACAAUCAGCAUACACUGGAUGACCUCAAGAAGAACACUAUGACGGCGAUUAACAGCAUCAGUUUACAGGUGCUCCACAAAGUGGCCUCAAACAUGACCCAGCCCGAGAAACUGUCAUACAAAAGUAGCAGUACUGGUACUACUCCGUCAAGUGAGCGAAAACAUGAGCUUGGCUACAGUACAGAACUCCAGGUUGAUUCUGCUGAUGAGGGACUUUCAUCUGUUGAAACAAGUCCAAGACCCCCUCCUAGCAAUGGAAGCAACAACGAUACCUUAGACCACAACAAUCGAAAUAGCACCCUUAACCUGAACAUGACUGCUAAGGAACUCCGUGCUCAGUUGGCAUCUCGUAAGAAGUAUGAUCCUAAGAAAGAGUCUAUGGACUUCAAGAAGAAAUUUGAUAUUGUUCAGAAAUUGUGAAAUGUGUUUUCAUUGUCUGUAUUAUUAGGAAUAAGAGAAUACCAAUUCUGGGUAUUAUGCAUAUACAUAUAUAUAUACAUAGCAAAGUUUCGUACUACUAGAUAGAAACAAUAUUGUGCCUUCUGUAGUAGUACUUACCUGUCUGAAAUGCAUAAGAUAGCCGUCCAUGGUGCAGCAGGUCUGUAGUAUUUUGUUACUGUAUUAAUUUUUUCAGUAAGCUCUAACAUCAUACAGCACACAUUGUGCCAAACCACUUUAGAACACAAGUUUAGCAUUGUAGUUAUAAAACUUGUGUAGUUUUAUGAAGUAUUUCAGGUGGCACAAGUUAUGGGAUGGGUCUAAUUCUUGUGAAUGCUGUAGUUAUAAAUAUAAAAUUAAGUAUGUUACUAAUAAUAAAUAAUUUACAUUCCAGUACUUUUACCGUGUGAUAAUGUGUUAUUUACACUGUAGAAAACUGUUCUAUAAAAUACCCAUAGAUUGUAAGAUAACCAUAAAUAUAUAUAUAUAGUGCCUUCCCUGUAGCUGUUAUCUGUUUAGUAUUUUGUAUGUAACAAGACAUGAAGCAUAGAAGGUGCAUAUAUUUUUAAGUAUUCUGUAAUUAAUUUCAUUAGAUAUCAGUGAAGUUCAUCUACAGAAUCAUUGCAUGUGCUAGUUAGUAUUCAUGUUAUUAGAGUAGUAUUUGGCCAGUUUGUUGUCACUUGUUUGAAUAGUGGCAUCACCAAAGGAGUUAAUUGCUGAAUGUGAAAAUAUUUUUCAUGUGCACUGUCUGUAUGAGAGUCAAAGUAUUUUUAGUCCACAUUUACGUUGCAUUCAAAUGACUUUCUCAGCCCCCCCCCCUCCAAUACACUAUUUAGAUCUGCAGGCAUUUCAGUUAUAAUUCUGUUGUGUGCUGUUCUUCAUCUGCAGAAAUGGGGUGGAACCAGUAGCUGUGUAGUAAUCUUGAUUUGAACACAUUAAUAACAGUUAACAUCCCAUCUGAUAUGCCCAGUUUUUUAUACUCUUUCUUUUCCACUUAUAAUGCAACAAAUUAAUAGCAUUAAUACACGUUUAAUUCAUACAAUGAUCAUUAAAUGUAUAAAAUAAUAUUAAAAUAUACACAUGUGGUUGUUAUGCUGCUAUGUGUUUCGGCCUUUCAGGGCCUUCUUCAGGCCACACUUAUUUAAGAAUUCUGAUUCAUUGUACACUAAUCAUAUAGUAUUCUUAAGAUGUGUCGUUGAUGUUCCUUCAUAUCGUUAUGAAUUGUGGUUGUUUCUAUGUCAUAUAAGAUAUGUUGUUUUUCAUUGUGCAUAUCAAGUGUUGCAUUGAAUUUCUUGUAUACAAUUCAUUUGUGUCAUAUUAGAUGUGUUGUUUCUCCUUGUAUACAAGGAACGCAAGGCAACACUUGAUCCAUCUUAUAUGAACAGCCGCAAUUCAAGAUGUGAAGGAACAUCAGUUGAAAUAUCUUAAGAAUACAUUACAUGAUUAGCAUACAGUGAAUUAGAAUCCUUAAAGUUGUGUUGCCUGAAGAUGAGCUUGUAAGGCUGAAACAUAUAGCAGCAUAACAUGUGUAUGUAUAUUUUAAUAAUUUUAAUAACAUUUUAUACAUUUAACAAUCAUUGUAUGAAUUAAAUGUGAGUUAAUGUUAUUUUGUUGCAUUAUGGACGGGAAAAUAAAAGGACUAUAAAAGGUACAUCAAUGCAACAAGAUGCUGAAAUAUAAUAUUAUGUCCAUUCUUUUUGGCAUUGACGAAAUACUCGCAAGAGUAAUCCUUUGAGACUCCUGCAGUUUUAAGAUCUGAAGCAUUCCUGUGUAUAUACUUUCUCAUAAUGUUUCAUUGAAGAUAACAUUCCUCAACAAUUCUAAAUGAAAUAGUUGUUUUUGUUCUGAAAAGUGACUUUCCAUAACCUUUCUAUGCUGAUUUAAAAAAAUGUCAAUGAUUUUGUACUGCAAUGUAAGAAUUUUUGUUACAACUUAGGAGAAGUGAUAAAUGCAUUUUCUGUUAUUUGAUUACAUUUAUUUAUCAUGUUACAGUAAGUCAGUCUUUAAUCUACUGAAAUGCUCAAACACAAAAAAUGAUGAUAAUGAAGAAUACACAAAAGAAUGUUCUUUGUUCUUUUAUCAUCAUGUGCCAUGCCAUCAGCAGUAAUUUGCUGUCUUGUUGAUAUUCUGCCUUCCCUGAUAUCUGUUCUCCAUUUUCAUUAUGUUCUGGUGAUGUAUUUCACCUUGUUCAUGACUGAAACCACCGAGAUUUUAGAGAAAUAGUCCAGGUGUGAGUGUAAGAAAUGAAACUUCAUAAUCAUAUUACAGCCUGCCUAAAUUUAUUGAACAUGUUUUCAACAAUAAUUUUAUAAUGUGUGUCUUUUUUUCCUGACAAAUUUGUGAAUAAUACUUUUUAGACCAAUUGCAUUUGCCUUUCAACAUGUCUGAUUGUUCUUUGAAAGUUAGCUUCCUGAUCUGUGCCUCAGAGAAAACUUUGCCUGUAACUUUUUCAUGAAUGAGCUGAAAAUUCAUUGCACAUGUGCUUGAAACAGUUGCCUCUUUAGCUGCUUACCAACAUGCCUGUAGCUAAGUUUUUUUUCAGGCAGUAAUGCUUCUUGUAUUUUGGGAGAUGCCUGGGACAAUGGCUGUCAUACCCCACUCCCCUCUUUUUUUGUGGAGUCCUUCCAGGUGAAUGCUGGGUUAGUACAGCAAACUGCUGUUAUGUGGUAUGUAUGCAGAGUGUGGUCUGCCAGUUUCAUGAGAAGAACUCUUAACAGAAAUCCAAUUCAAAUCCAAAUCCUUUUCACUUUCCCCCCCUGUUACAAAAUCAGAACACAUUUUCGUUUUAGUCCUUGCAUGGGGUCAUCAUGCAGUAUAGAAGAGGUAGAUGGAUGAAAGGUUUUGUAUAUGCUCGUAACACUGUCACAGAUUCAACUAGGCUGUACUGUAAUGACAUGUCAUUGCAUAUUGUAAUGGGACCUGCAUGAAGGAGGACAAUGGCCAGUACUGCUAAUGGCUAUCAUGUGAUAGAUGGAUAUAGGCACAUCACGACAUUGUUCUUGAAGUCACCUUAUAAAAAUGGUAAAUUAUCUGUAAGACUUUUGUUGAUUGCAAAAGAAUUGCUUGUAUAACAGGUAAUUGGAAGUUAACUGUGCCUGAAAUAGGCUAGCAAUGACUGCUUUUGACAUCCUUUGCAAUUGAUCAUUUAUUUGAUAGCCUGCCAUGUGGCUGUAUUUUCUGAACUUUAGAGAGAGUUUCUAAAUAAACUGUAAUCAGGCUGCUUCAUCAAGUCCAGUUUUAUAUGCUGUAAAGACAACAGAUUUUGUUUGUAAAAGUGAAACUUUCAGGUGCAAUGUUUUUCAGUCCUAACAUUAAACUGACUCUGAAUGGCUGCUGUUCCUUUGUCCUUCAUGCACUGCUAUUGCAUUCCCACAUAAUUAUAUUCUAUGUAAUUAGAUUGAUGUUGUUGAUGCAGCAUACUUUCUCUGCCAAGUGUUCACACAUGUUCUGUAUAUUUAUCUUCCUUAAGAAGAAAUUUAAGAUUCUUUUGGCAUUUUUCCCGGUGCACAGAAUAUCUGUUACUAUUGUUAAGAAUGCUUGUCAAGCUUCUCUUGGAGGAAUUAGUGAAAAACCCCCUGUGCCCUUGGCUGAUAAGGCAUAGCUUUAAGCCAAUUAUUGUGACAGCAGUGUUGCAAAAGAUGAGCGAACCUUCCUGCAGAAAGUAUGGGGAACAGAUUCCUGCUCACAAUUUCUAUACCAGUAAUCUGUUUCACCCAAAGGAAAGUUUCAAUUUCUGUGAAAAGUUGUGGACCUAAACUUGUUUCUCAGCGUAGUUACAAUAAAUAAUAUGUUCUGUAUAUCAGCAUUUGGUAAUGAACAUAACCAUUUCUAAAAUCUGUUGUGGAAAAGGUAUAGGCACAUUUGGUCCUUGAACAUUGGGUUUUAUUGCAGAUGGAAAAUGUGCAACAUUUUGUGUGAACAUGAAUAACUAUUAUCCCCAUGAUUUCUAGGGUUGUGCCAAACUAUAGGAAUACUAAGGGGCAUAGAUGUUUACCAACCUUCAGGCUAACAUUUCAGUACCUGAAUGUAAAUGCAUCAAACUGUCUGUAAAGCCCUUGAUUUGUUUUAGUCCUGAGUUUCAUUCCAAAGUAUGCAUAUGAGUAAUGCAUUUUUUUUUUAUUUAUUCUGUGAUCUUAAUGCCUCUGUAUCUUUACAACUAAGAACACACAUUUAUUUCCAAACAUGUUUGGACUGUUAAUAGACUACAUUGUUGCUAUUUCAUCAUAAAAGCUUGUGGAAAUAAAGAGUAUCAACACAAAGGGAAAUGGCUGAGCAGAAAAGAACAUCUCAUGAUCUACUGUCUGGAACACAGUACAGGGUACUUGAAAACAGUCAGUCAUGACUGCUGUUCAGCCUUGUAUCCUGUUGGCUGGCAUAAGUCAUGGUGUUGCUUGAAUUUGAACACACCAGAUAACCUCAGCCAGUGGCUCAUAACAUUUUCAUAUAAAUUAUGUUGGAAUUUGAACAUACAAAUCAUGCAUGUGUGAAUAUAUAAUCUUAAAGAGUAGCAUAUCACCAUUGCAUAUAACAUGAUGGACAUAAAUGGAUGUCAGUUCAGCAUGAUAUGACUGGUAUAAAACAAGUAUAAUUCUCCAACAUGCAAAUUCAUUGCAAAUACAUAUAAUAUAUGCAACUGAAUUUCAGCUGAAGAUGCAUAUUGUGUUCCUUGGGAAUUUGUGAUAUUGAGACCUCCCUAUAUAGACUACAUGCAGUUUUAACUCUUUAUCUUGCUCAUAACAGAUCACAUGCAUAUUAUCAUUUCUUAAAACUAAUGAUAUACUACAUACUUGGAGCAAAAUUGCCAGUGUUCAAGUAAUGUUAUUUUCCAGAUGAUACUGUAUGAGUGCAAGUGUUGAAAAGUUAGAAUUGUGGAUGUAAGAAAAAUACAAAAACCCAUCAACUGGUAACUGAUGUUUCUUCAUAUUUCCCCUCUGAAGAUUGUCUCCCAUAUUUGUAUAAAUUUGUAAAAGAAGUUUCAUUAUUUUUUACAAGAGGAAAGUGGGAAUGUUUGAUUAUGAUUUUCCUUCAUGCAAAUACACAACAUUCCAUUAGCACAUUAUGUUUUUUCUUGUGUUGUUUCUUUUGAAAGUUUUUAAACUUUAACCAACGUUUAAACUUUGGAGGGGGGUUAUGUAAUGUUUAAAUGCUCAUGUGUAGAAUGGAAUAUUUGUCCUCUCAAUUUUGAUUUAUUCUUUAUGUACCUGUACAAGUGGCAUUCAUGCAAAAUAUUUGACUUGCAGGUAGUGAUAAAACAUAUCGUGUGGGGUGACAUGCCUGUUUUGUGCUGGUUGUAGUAAAUUUGUAAGGAAUAAUACAGGUAUGAAAAAUGCUACAGUUUCUUUAUAUUGUGACAGUAAUCGCCUUCAUAUUGCUAAAGUACCUUAAGUAAAUUGCAGUUUGCCUGAUAAUAUUUCUUCAUGUAAUGUUUAUGUAGCACAGGGCACAACACAAAAUGUUUACAUGAAAAUGUUUAAAAAAUAAUUAUUUUAAUGUAAUGAAGUUUACAGAAUCUAAUGCAGGAUUUCUUGAGAAAUGUCUUUGAGUUAAGCACAUGUUCAGUAUGCCCACCAUUUUCUUAAGCAAUUUCUUGAAGGUGACCAGCGUUUGUAAUGACAUCUUCAGAUCUCCAUGCACAACUGGAGAGUCAUGGCUGUUAGGUCCAUGAGAUUACCAGCUUUCUUUGAGGGCAGCUUCUCUAUCUUGAAACCCCACAAGAAGAAAGUCUUAUGGAAUAGAGUCUGGACUAAGUCAUGGUCAAAAGCACCGACAAUUAUGAUGUUUGGGAUACUGGUGAGAGAUUACAUGAUGGCCAGAUACUGAGCAAAAAAAAAUCACAUUUGUAAAGUAUGGCUUGGUUCUGUGUCGCAUAAACCAUUUGGCACCUAUAGUCAAGCUGAGACCACUGUUUCGUUGAUGAAAGAAAGUAAACCAUUGACAAAGCGCCUCCUGUGGUCAUUCCCACUGGGCAUUCAAGAAUGUUUCUGAUUCUUUAACUGCCUUCCUGCUCAAAGUGGUGCAACAAAUGAAGUAUGGUUUUUCAUGCAAGUGCUCAGAUUCCAGUGAAAGCCUGAAGUUUUCUGUGGAUAGCAGUAACAUUCUUUGUUACAGUAAACAAAAAUACAACUUGGCCUUGUGCUUAAACGUAAGAUGACCAUGGUCAGCCAUUGUGUCAGCUAUUUUAAGCAUAUGAGCACUAGUGCACAACAAAUUAGCUGCGAGAUCUCAUUACAAUCCAGGAAUUACUACAGAUUGUCACAAAAUUUUGAACAUUUUGAGUAGUUAUCUCUAUUGUCUGCAUCUUGUUACGUGCUACAGUGUUUUUUUUUGGCCAUCAAAACAAAUUUUUCAAACAAAAAAAAAAACAAUGUCACUUCACUAACAUUGGUGUUAUUUUAAUAUCUGCUACAUGUUUUGAUCCACGUUUGGAUCAUCAGGCAGUUUCUUAAAUAUGUCACUUGUUAAUGAAUUGUCCUAAUAUGGAUAUAUUAUUAUUAUAAUAAAAACAGUUUAUUUCUAUAUCUCAUCAUAACACAUGUUGGUAUUUUGAUAUUAUAGUUAACCUUAAGGCUAAAAUUAUUUAAGUUAGUGUUUGUGUCUUGUUGAUACAAUGUGGGUGUCCGUGAUGCUUGUCAUAUGUUAGAAGGCAAUAAUGUCUUCUGGGAUUCAUUGCUAAUGUUUGUUUUAUCUGAAAGUAAAUUAACGUGUACUGUUAUAAUCUGAGUUAUGAUUAAUAUGUACUUACAUUGUAUGGUGUGGAUGAUUUCUUUUGUAUUGUUGUUAUUAGUUCUGUAUGUAUUUCUUCCUGAUUUUCUUAUGUAGUAUUGUGAUUAAUAUGCUGUAAUGAGGGUGGGUAAUUAUAGUUAUCUUUAGGGCUGCUAUUAAAAUUUAGAUUUAUAUCUCACCAGAAUGCUAAAAUUGUAUCUCACCAGAAUGCUAAAAUUGUGCCGAUUAAUUAAUAUGGAUCAAUAUUGUGACAAUUCAGUAACAAGCAAUGUAUUUAAGAAACUGCCUAAUGAUGAUCAAAACAUGUAGUGGGCACUAAAAUAAAACCAAAGUUAGUACAGUGAUAUUGGAUUGGUUUUGUUUGAAAAAAAAAUUGUUCUGUUGACAGCCAAAAAACACAUUUGAGUAAUUGGUUGUGUUUCAUUUGCUGUUAGAAAUGUGUCAACAUUUUGUGCAUAUCCCUGUAUAAGAUUAAAUUUAUGUAAGGAUGCAAAUAUUUUUAGUGCAUUAUAGAGAUAAGGGAUGAUUUUGUGUUGCACAUAUUUUUCUGUUUCUAAGUCUCUAAAUCAUAAACAGUGAACUUUGUUGCAAAUUCUUGUUGCCAGCAGUUCAUAAUAUCAUAUACAUAGUUCUUGUAGAAGUUUUAUGACUUAUUUUUGCAAUAAAGUUCUUCGGAGAUUAUUUUAUAAAGGUAUAUUACAUUGCUAAUAUAGAUAAUAUUCUUUUAAGAGGAAUCAGUUAGUGAAGAAAGUUCUUAUCAUUGAGGUGUCUGUCUAUUUUCAUAAAAUUGAUUACUUAAAAAUCAUGUAAAUGAUUGUUUUACUGUGAACUUUUUCUAAUAUACUGUACAAUGGUAAUAAAACAUAUUUACCCACA